UGCAAUCUUCUUAUGUCAAUUAUAAUUUGUAUCUGGUUUGAAUAAAAAAAGAUAUUUUUAAAUGAUAUCUAAGCGUGUGAGAGAUGCAGAAGAUGUAAAAAAAAGAACGAUUCUUAAAGCUUUAUUUAAGAAGGUAGUCCGUGUAGUCAUUACUAAUAACCAGUGGCUCGAUGGUGAAAGUGACGAUGUUCCGAAAAUUUCCGCAAACGUUAAAAAAAAUAUAGCAUUGCUGAUGCGUACGAAGCGAAAAAUGGGAAUGCUUACAGCCGCUGAAAAAUCCCUAAUACGUACACCACAUUUGGUACGGACAAUACCUGACCGAAAGAAACUAUGCGUUUUAUUUGCUGGAUUGAGAUGUUUUUUUCUUAUUCCACCAAAAUUACGUGCUCGUUUGGUGCCUGCUAUUAAAUUUUUGUCACUCAGUUCAGGUCGUACAAUCAUAAGACAGGGUGAUUUGCCGCUUACAGUUUAUUUUAUCGUAACGGGAGAGGUGGAGAUGAUAAAAAUCUCUGGCAAUAAGUUGUCUAAAAAGAUGGAAUCGAAAGGGGAAAUCAUUUUUGGACCAGGUGAUUGCAUAGGCGAUGUAGCGAUGCUCGAAGACUGCACACGCACUCACACUUUCAUAACUACAUCGCAAUGCGAACUGCUAGUUUUGUUCGACAAUGAUUUCAUUUCAAUUUUAAAACCUUACAUGAAGAAGAUUUGGAAUGAAAAGAAAACAGCCUUGAUGGCUUUAGACUACUUUGAGUUUCUCAGCGAGGAUCAGAUUUUAAAAGCGUGUAAAUUAUGCACCCUUAAGCAAUAUAAGCCUUUGGACACAAUUUACAUUCAUGAUAAAGGUACACUUACAAAUGUUCAUUUUGUUUUAAGUGGAGAAUGUGUUAUACUACAGUGUCUGGAAAUGAAGGUAAUCAUAAAAAAUGGAAGAAAGAUACACCAGCUUGUAGAUCAAUUGGAAGAUACUUUUUUAAAUUUUGAUAGUGAUUUUAAAACCGGCAAGCAUGUAGGCAAAAACUCUUCGGAUACGAACAACAAAAGCCGAAAUAGAAGGCUUGACAAACUUAGCUUAAGUACAGAAUUUAUAUGUGGAAUGGACAGCAGAGCUUCGACCCUGAUUCCAUUAACAUAUAGUAAUUCGCAAAUGAAUAGCCCAUAUUCCGAAGAUGAAAAUAAGUAUUUCGUGGAAGAAGAAAUUGAAGCCAUUGACGAAAGUCAACCAAGUUCUCUAGGGUCAUUUAAAGACAAUUUAAGAAACCUUACCUCUGAUUCAGGGCCAAUAAAUAGUUCCGAAUCUCAGCGCAGUAAAGUGUCCAUUGAAUCUGAAAUAUAUACAGCUUCAACGUCAUCAUCGUCAUCAACAUCAAGAGCCAGCAUAAAUACGGACAUCUACGAAAGUCAUUUUAUUGAUGUUGGAUCGCUUACGUUUGGUGGAAUCUUUGGAUUAGGCGAAAAAAUGCAUCAUCGUGUGAUAAUGGCACGGAAUACAGUGCAGUGCUUGUUGCUUCCCAGAUUUUUUUUAUUAGAUAAAAAACAAAAUCCGGGAAACAUAUGGCAACGGAGACUUUUCUACCUAGAUUGCAUCAUUCCAUCAAGAGAAGCACUAUUUGAUGACUUUCUGAAAACUCUCAAGUGGAAAAAAUUUAAAGCCGAGUUCAUUCAAGAAAAUAUAUUAUCCAACACAGUUGAUAUCGCUAGAGAUGAUGACAUACCUAUAUUAUGUCGCAUUGAAGAAGACAGAGAAACCUAUUAAUUUCUGAAAUGUCUAAAAAAUUAUAAAUGUCUAGUUUUAUGCAAAUUAGUCUUAAAUCAAUACAAUGUAUCAUAUUUAAAACUGACACAAA